UGACGAUGGGCGGAGCCACAUCCUCUGGCGCUUUUUGACUGUGGGAGGAGCUUGAAGCAGAUGUUGAGAGGAACUAAAGAGGUUCAAGCAGAAGUUGGUGGCACGUUUUUGAAGCUGCACUGCUACCUGCUUCAGUCGCACGGGAGAGACACAACCAGCUUGUCCCCCUGGAGAAGUACACCUUGGUUUCAGGAGCUGUUUGAAGCACGAAUAACCCACGUGAUCCUGUAGCAACCAAGCGUCCCUUUUUCCUUUUGUUAUGUGGAAAUCCCUCCUCUCAUCUUGCCCCACAUUAAAUCUCUCUACUCCUUCCCCAAGUGUCACUUACUCUUCUUCGCCUUCUGUCUGAAUCAUUUCGGAGGAGUGAACUCCUUUAAAAAUGGUCGCUGACGGGGACGUGGUAUCUCAGGGAAGCGGCGUGCGACUGAAGCAGGAGAUCUCCCUCCUCCAUGGCGUCUGUCUCAUUGUGGGAAAUAUGAUCGGCUCCGGCAUCUUCGUCUCACCUAAAGGAGUUCUCAUGUAUACCGGCUCUUUCGGCCUGUCUCUUAUCGUUUGGGCCAUUGGAGGUAUAUUCUCCGUGUUUGGAGCGUUGUGUUAUGCUGAACUUGGGACUACUAUCCGUAAAUCUGGAGCUUCCUAUGCCUACAUCCUGGAAGCUUUUGGGGGCUUUCUGGCUUUUAUCAGAUUGUGGACGUCCCUGUUGAUAGUCGAGCCAGCCUGUCAGGCAGUGAUAGCCUUGACUUUCUCAAGCUAUCUGGUCCAGCCCUUCUACCCCACAUGUUUAGCUCCUUAUCAUGCAGUUCGCCUCAUUGCUGCUGCCAUUAUAUGUUUGCUGACUGCUGUAAAUUGUUUAAAAGUGAAAUGGGGUGCGAUUCUUCAGGUCAUCUCCACCGUGGCUAAAGUCUUGGCGCUCAUCGUCAUCAUCAUCACCGGCCUGGUAAAGCUGGGUCAAGGUUUCGACCAGAACUUUGAGAACUCAUUCAAAGGUUCCAAGCUGGACCCUGGUUAUAUGGCUCUGGCUCUUUAUUCAGCACUUUACUCCUACUCGGGCUGGGAUACACUCAACUUCAUCACAGAAGAAAUAAAGAAUCCAGAAAGGAACCUGCCUCUGUCCAUUGCCAUUUCCAUGCCCAUUGUCACAGUGAUCUACAUAAUGACCAAUGUAGCUUACUACGUUGUCAUGGACGCAGACACAGUGCUCAGCAGUGAAGCUGUUGCUGUGACAUUUGCAGAUGAAGUUCUGGGCUGGGCUCGAUGGUUGAUCCCCAUUUCUGUGGCUAUUUCCUGUUACGGCGGUUUAAACUCCUCCAUCAUUGCCGCCUCGAGGCUUUUUUUUGUUGGUUCCAGAGAAGGCCAUCUUCCCAACAUCCUAUGCAUGAUCCAUGUGAAGCGCUACACACCGAUCCCUGCUCUGUUUUUCAAUGGAGCCAUGUCGCUGUUUUACCUGUCCGUCCCUGAUGUCUUCCAAUUGAUCAACUACUUCAGCUUCAAUUAUUGGUUGUUUAUUGGCCUGUCAAUAGCCAGCCAGAUUUACCUGCGCUUCAAAGCUCCCGACAUGCACCGACCGGUUAAGCUGUCUUUAUUCUUCCCCAUCGUCUACUGCUUGUGCAGCAUAUUCCUGGUGAUCGUGCCCCUCUACAGCGACACCAUCAACUCAUUAGUUGGUAUUGCAGUGGCUCUGUCCGGAGCUCCGGUCUACUACAUUUGCGUCCACUUGCCGCCCAGUUCCAGGCCGGCUUUUCUUGGCAAAGUGGUCGAUAAAAUCUCUCUUUUUACUCAAAAGCUCUGCUUAUGCUGUGUGGCCUCACCGGAUAUUGAUCUGGACAACAUAGACCCCGAAAAGAUGGAAUGAUCUAACAAAAGAAGAAUUCAACAGAUGGAACAGACCACGAGCGACAGAAGGACCACCACAAUUUGGAUGAGUAAAGAGAAGGAAGACAAACACACUUGAGGUCAAAAAACAAAAAAAUCUCGAACAGCUCUUAGUCACACUGGUGUAAUUAUCUCCACUGCACAUGUCCAGCCCACAUAUCAACCAGCAGCACAAACUUUUGCACAUCUCACAUUUGAGUUCUAGGAAGCUUUAUGUUCAGUUCAUAAACUGAAGGACCUAACAUGCAGAUGUGUGUUAUAUUUAUUUAUUUUAGAUAGCAAAAAAAUCAAAUAAAAUCCGUCUCCUUUUUUCCAAAUCAAUCAAUUUUCCUUUGGAAUAAUUUAAGGAGGUUAGUUAUUCUCUUUGGCACUUUUAAAGGUUGCUCUCAUGAAAGCCAAAGAAUAGAUUAGAUUAUUUACAUCAGCAAGCUUGAAGAUUUUUCUGUUUUGUUUUAAGGGUCUACAUUUUUCAUAAAAACUAUAGGACUGCAAAGCUUGAAGAAGCCAUUUUUUUAACGUUCUUGUGGUUGUUUCUGGAUUAAGGAAAUGCAAUGCUGUGUUCAGAAGCUAACUCUCCUCUGCAGCCACACUCCUUUCUUCACAGUUCAAAUGAUUAAUUUAUUGUUGCGUUUGCAUCCUUCCAUCCCAGAACUCGCCACAGUGAACGUGUAUUACGGUGUCACAGGAAACUGCAGCUGUGGUGACUUAAAGGUGAAAAUGUAACGUCGAGUGUUUGUCCUCAAAACUGUACACGUGCCUUUAGUGAGUGUGGUCAGAAGGUGCUCCCUGUUUGGAUGUUGUAAGCGGUGUUUGCGUGGAGUAACGUGGGCACAAUCUCCGACACUCGGCUGCACUGUUUGCCAAAUGUUUUUCCAGGUUUACAGGAAAUCUUACUCUUCACGAGCACACGUUGACCUUCUGGUCAGAUUGUCAGACAAUAGUUAGUUAGGCCUUAACGCUAAACGUCUGUCUUUGUGUUGGGAAGUUUCAAUAAUGUUGGCACACAGAUCUAUUUAUGUACCUGCUGGUUUUUUCAGACCAAAGUGUUGUGUUUCUUCCAGGUGUUGUUAAAUGAACUUACAAAAAGAAUGUUUCACUAUAAUGUUUGUUUACUGUUCUGUUGGGUUCAAAUAUGCUGAAAGUGGUUUCUGAACAAAUGUCCGAAGUGCUUUUUCUGUCGAGUUUUUAUUUAUCUUGUUUUGGACAAAACACUUGUCUUUUCUGUGGGUGAGGUUUUGUUUACCCAAACAGGAAAACAUAUGAGUGUGUGUUAUCCAAAUAAAGCAGAGAUUAUGGAUUUAAUA